CCUUCCAAACUUGGCAAAACCCAACGGUUACCAGUCCGUACGCGCCGCCGCCGCUCUCGCUCUCUCGGGAGCACUAGCUAGCGAAAGUGAACCACUCGUCGGCGCGAUGGACGUGUACAUCUCGGAGGAGUACGUGGCCCAACGGCGCGCCGAGAGGAGGGCCGCGCGGGUUGCCGCGGCGGCUGCACGCUGCGGCGGAGAGGAGAAGGCGCGGGCGGACAGCGAGCAGAAGCGGUGGACGGCGGACAAGGGCAAGCGGCGGCCUGCCGACGGCGGCGGCAAUGCCGCCGAUACCAAUGUCGGCGGUAGUGGCGCCGCCAGCUGGCUGGUAGGAGAGGACGCCGUUCUCAGCUACUUCUCGGCUUAAUUAGAAAGGCGUACGUUGUCCCGCUGCGUGCGUAGAGGUAGGCAAUGCAUUUGCAAAUAGCCAUGCCAUGCACCAUCGCGUGGAUCGCUGUUGUGUUGCCUAUGAUGGGUGGAGCAUUCGCCAUGUUACUCUACUGGUGGCAGGUUUUGUUUGUAAGUUGUAAGUAGUGUAAGCGAUUCGUGUGUGAUUGUCGGGCACUGUUAGUUCAGCUCAUCGAC